AUGACACAGUGUAAUAAUGUCACAGAGUUUGUCCUCCUUGGCCUCACUCAGGAUCCUGAUGGGCAAAAAGCAUUAUUCAUCUUAUUUUUACUCAGCUACAUGAUGACAAUUGUGGGAAACCUUGCCAUUCUGGUGACUGUUACUGCCAACCCUUCCUUGGUCUCCCCAAUGUACUUCUUCCUUGCCUAUCUGUCACUCAUAGAUACUGCUUAUUCUACUACUAUCUCACCCAAGAUGAUUAUAGACUUGCUCCAUGAAAAAAAGACUAUUUAUUUCCCUGAGUGCAUGAGUCAGCUUUUUGUAGCACACUUUUUUGGUGGUGCUGAGGUGUUCCUUCUGGUGGCAAUGGCCUAUGAUCGCUAUGUGGCCAUCUGUAAGCCACUGCACUAUUCGACCAUCAUGAAUAGACGAGUUUGCAUCCUUCUGUUAUUGGUGCCCUGGGCUGGAGGUUUUGCACACUCUUUUGUUCAAAUUGUCUUUGCAUACAGCCUUCCUUACUGUGGUCCCAAUAUCAUAGACCACUUUGUCUGUGACAUUUACCCAUUGUUGGAACUUGCGUGCACUGAAACCUACUUCAUAGGCCUCAUUGUAGUUGCCAAUGGUGGAGCAAUCUGUAUGGUGGCCUUUAUCUUUCUCCUAAUCUCCUAUGGAAUUAUCCUAAACUCUAUUAAGACUCACAGUCAGGAGGGAAGAUGCAAGGCUCUGUCAACCUGCAGCGCACACAUCACUAUUGUUGUCCUCUUUUUUGUUCCCUGUAUUUUCAUGUAUGUUAGACCUGUUUCCAACUUUCCCAUUGAUAAAUUUGUGACUGUUUUUUAUACAGUUGUCAAAGCUCCUAUGUUGAACCCCUAA